GCUUUCGAUCGUCUUCAAUUGCGGCGGAGACUCCGACCGUCGAGUUGUCAAUCUUAAGACGUCGACGCGAUCACGACAAGAUGAUUGUCAAUGUCAUAUCUUCCCAUGAGGCCGUGUUUGACUGGGCCGUAUCAGACUAAGUAUCCAGAACUCACGACAACAAAAGUUUCAGCUUUCGACUGAUGAUGCACCAACGCCGUUAGCAUGUUACACGGGCGUUAUCAAGAAUGUUACAAUGGUUUACAGGGUGGACAGCCCAGAAAUCAGCAUCCCCUUUGGUCUAUAGCCUUGUGCUGCAGAACUUGUAUGCUCCGCCACAUCGCCAAGCUCUACGUCUGGAUGCUGGCCGGGGCCGCUGUUGCUGACAACAUCGCCAAGUGGCGUAAACGGGCCGUUCCUGACAGUUGCUGUUGAAAAGACAAAAGCCAUACUGACGGAAGACUGAUUGCGGGAGAUGGACUGGUGCGAUCAGAGUUGCUUGCCCCCCAUGCUCUGCAGGGAUAAGUUAGAAGCUGCGAAGUAUGUAUGCAGAUGGAUGUCGUGGCCCACCCACCACAUGGUCGGCGAGGUGAAGUCCGGCCGAGAUCGGCAAGGCUGCUCCGAGUCUGAUGGGAACAAUUGAUCUACAGACACCCCUCGUACUUAGUCUGAUCCCAUUACGGAUUUCGGUCCAGACUGGACCCCGGUAGACCCCGGUUGUCUCCUGAGCAUACGCUCUGACUGAGGAUCGGCUCAGUGAAAGCUUUGCUCAACUCACUUGCUUUCAUCCCAUUCAAUGCCCUUUGGCCAAUGUUCAUCAUGGGCACUCAUUCCGGCAUCCGUGCCUUGAAAGCGAUCUCCUCUCUGCAUGGAGACCCCCUAGACUCCUGCCCGAAAAUCUGGCAUCGGCUAACAGCUUGGCAGUACGGCACUGUCCGUUCUCUGCUCCGCCCUCCUCUCCCCUCCUCCCUCCACCAUGCGCCUUUCGGCGCUCACACUCUCCCUUCUGUUCGCGGUACGGGUGACCGCGUCACCCUAUCGUGAUGACCUCGUUGACUACAACCUCAACGUCAACCAAGCCGCCACUGACCCGACCCAGUACUCCACCACCCGGGCCAAUACGACAUAUUUCAAGUCUCCGACUAAUUGGCGUGCACUGCCCGUCUACACACUUCUACUCGACAAAUGGGCCGACGGAGACCCGUCGAACAACGACUACUUUGGCAGUGUGUUCGAGACCGACUGGCGGGAAACGCAGUUGCGGACGGGAGGUGACUUGAAGGGUUUGGUAUCAAGGUUAGACUAUCUGUAUGGCAUGGGCAUACGAACGAUUUUCAUCGCAGGAACACCAUUUUUGAAUAUGAUCUGGCAAGCUGACAGUUACUCUCCGCUCGACUUCACUGUCUUGGAUCCGCAUUGGGGCACGAUCAAUGAUUGGGUCGAAGCCGUCAACGAGAUCCAUGCGCGCGGCAUGUACAUCAUGCUAGAUUUUACGGUAGGAACCAUGAGUGAUUUGGUCGGCUUCAAAGACUACCUCAAUGUCUCUGCACCCUUCACCCUUAAUGAACACGACGUGGUUUACAAAACUCCGAAGUAUCUCCCAUGGAACUUCACCCAGUACCGCGACUUUACGCUCAGCAACGUCCGGAACACAUCUUGCGUCAUGCCCAACUUCUACGACGAUUCCGGUGCCCCCGUCACUCUACAGACCAACGGUUGUCUCGAGUCCGAUUUCGAUCAGUAUGGCGACACGGAAGCUUUCGGUGUGUUCCCCGACUGGCAACGUCAGCUGUCCAAGUUCGCCUCGGUGCAGGAUCGUCUCAGAGAGUGGAAACCUUCGGUCAUGGACAAGCUCACGACGUUCUCGUGCAUGGUCGUGACCGCACUGGACAUCGACGCUAUCCGAAUCGACAAGUCGAUUCAGGUGACGGUCGAUGGGCUUUCCUCGUGGGCGACGAGCACUCGUGCUUGCGCUACGAAAUUGGGAAAGACGAAUUUCCUGAUCACGGGAGAAGUGACGGGUGGAAACACUUUUGGUGCCGGUUAUUACGGCCGCGGUCGUUUGCCGUCUCAGGUGCCGCCGUCUUGGGAUGCGGCAGUCAAUAUCACUGCGUCAGAGAGACAGUUCUUCAUGCGGGAUGUUGGCAAGAAUUGUUUGGACGGCGUCGCAUUCCACUACUCCAUCUACCGUGCUCUCACUCGUUUCCUGGGCAUGGACGGUAAUCUGCUCGCCGCAUACGACCUCGACAUCGAUUUCGUGGCUGCGUGGAACGAGAUGUUCGUCGAGAACGACUUCCUGAAUCCGAACACCGGAGUGGUCGACCCUCGCCACAUGUACGGGACGAGCAACUUCGAUGUGUUCCGGUGGCCAAGUGUGGAGAACGGAACCCAGUCCAAUAUGAUGGCUGCGUUUAUCACGACGCUGGUCAUGCCGGGUAUUCCCAUGUACUUCUACGGCGAAGAUCAGGGCUUUUAUGUCUUUGACUCGCUUGCGUCCAAUUAUCUCUAUGGUCGUCAAGCCAUGACCAGCACACAUGCUUGGAAACGGCACGGAUGCUAUCACCUGGGAUCUGACCAAUAUUUCGACUUCUCUACUUCGCCUGCGUUCUUGGGCUGUCACGACGAUUGGAACGCACUGGAUCAUUUCGAUCCCACGGCCGAACCGCGCAGAUUGGUUGCUCGAAUGCUGGAAUUGCGCGGGAUCUAUGGCGCUCUGCAGGAUGGUUUCGGUCUCACACAACUUGGCAACUGGACGCACUUCAUCCAGCGACCGGGCUCGAAUGGUGUGAUGACCGAGAUGGGGCUGUGGUCGAUUUCGCGGACGGCCUUGGUCAGCCAAAACAAGACGAUGACUGGAACGUUCAACGACGUCGUCUGGAUGCUCUACACCAAUGAGAACGCCACUACGACAGUGUCCCACGACUGCAAAGGCUCGUUGUGGAUCUCGUCGCCCUUCCAAGCUGGCCAGACUGUCCGCAAUCUGCUGUACCCGUACGAGACGUACACACUGUCGGCAUCUCUGUCGCCUUACUACGCGGACGGGAAGGCACCUUAUUACGGAUGUCUGUCCUCGAUCACCCUGGACCCGCUGGGCUCCAAGGCUCUUGUACCCACUACCCAAUGGGUUGCCCCUGCUCCUCAUCUCACUCGCGCCUCUCCGAGCCACGACGCGCGAAUUUCCACCGAAGUGGUCGGGAACAGCAUUGAUCUCACACUCGAGUUCAACACAGCCAUGUCUUGCAACUCUGUCACUCAGGCCCUCACCUUCAACCUCUCCACAGCAGGUGCUGGCUCGACUUCCGCCGUCAAACUUGGCAAUGCUGUGUGCGCGAACAUCACCAACCCAGCUCCGACCAAUCUGACCGGCGUGGACCCGUCCGUCUUCUCCUGGAAAGCGACGCUCUCGAACGUCGCUGACGGUGUCUUGGAGAUCACGAUGAACAAUCCAACUUCGGCCGCUGGCGUCCAGUCCGGGGUCAAGGACAAACUGCUGAUCCGGAAGGGUCUCACGAACAACCCCAUCGUCUUCCCGUUGAACGACUACAACAGUUCGCUUUUCACCUACGAUGGGGGUGCCGGCCAGUACACGUUCACGCACGUUGCCCUCGGCGCCGAGAAGUUCCGGUACUCGCCAGACUACGGCCAGAACUGGACGCAGUGGAAAGCUUGGGAGGCCACGACCACCAUCGACAAGAGUGUGUUCUCUGGAUCGGAUAUGUCUUGGCAGGGUGACCAUAUCAUGGUGCAGUACUGGAACUCGAUGACGAUGACCGUCGAGAGCGUGGUCCAUGCCGACUACGGAUAUACGGGUGCCUCUCGUCGUGUGCCUGGUUUCAUGGCCCGCGGCCCGUUCAACAGCUGGGGCUUCGACCAGGGUCUGCCCAACAAAUUCGAGCUCAACACGCAAGGCGACUGGGAGUUCGAGUUCAUGUCGCAGUGGCCUGCAUACAUCGAGCUGGCAGUCUUUGACAUUCUCGGGGAUUACUUCUACGGCGACGUGGACGGCGAUGGUGUCCUGGAUCGUCUGCCUCCGAACGCGCUUUCUCCGAACUAUAUCAAUAUGUCGGCUCCCCCGAAACCAUAUGUCGCGUGGGCUCUGAUCGUGAAUGACGCAGACCUGUCGUGGAGGCUUGAACCCCGCGGGCAGUCCGCCGUCGGUGCUCUCUUGUAUUCGUUCUUGCUCGCCAUUCCACUGCUCACGGGUACCGCCGCGGUCGUCAUCUUCAUGCAGACGUUCUACCGGAUCAAGCACAAUCAAUUCGGUGUCAAGACCAAAAACAAGCCCAUGUACGCUCCUAUUCUCGAUGCGCUCAAGGGCAAGUCGUCAGCCGACGUGGCCACCCCGAUGGAGAAGGACGAAUUCGCGCACAGACGCAAUCAUGAGAUCAUCGGCUGGCCCGAAGACAAGAACAAACGCAGAAAGGUCAUCAUCGCGACCCUCGAGUACGAGAUCAUCGACUGGAAGAUCAAGGUCAAGAUCGGUGGAUUGGGUGUCAUGUCUAGUUUGAUGGGCAAAGCGAUGACGGACGUGGAUCUCAUCUGGGUCGUGCCCAAAGUCAAGGACGUCGAAUAUCCUGCGGGAGAGCCAGCGGAGCCCAUCGAAGUCAUCAUCUUCGGCGAGCCGUACCUGAUCGAGGUCGAGACUCACGUGCUGGACAACAUCACCUACGUUAUUCUGGACAGUCCUGUGUUCCGCGCUCAGACCAAGGCGGACCCGUAUCCUGCGCGCAUGGACGACCUGAGUUCCGCCAUCUUCUACUCGACAUGGAAUCAGGCCAUCGCUGCGACUAUCCGGCGGUCCCCCACGGUGGAUAUUUACCAUAUCAACGACUACCAUGGUGCUCUCGCCCCUUUGUAUCUCCUGCCCAAGGUCAUACCCACGUGUCUCUCGCUGCACAAUGCGGAGUUCCAGGGUCUGUGGCCGCUGCGGACGAAGGAGGAGAUGAAGGAAGUCUGUUCGGCAUUCAACCUGAGCAAGGAGCACUGCAUCAAGUACGUGCAGUUCGGAAACACGUUCAACCUGCUGCAUGCGGGCGCCUCUUUCAUCGCGCAGCACCAGAACUCGAUCGGUGUCGCUGGUGUGUCGGACAAGUACGGAAAACGUAGUUGGGCUCGGUACCCCGCGCUGUGGUGUCUCAAGCACGUCGACUCGCUGCCGAAUCCGGAUCCUAGUGACAUCGAGGCGCUCGACGAGCAGGCCAUCAAAGCCAAGGACGUCGAGAUCGACCAGGUUGCCGAGGCGGCUCGCCCGGAGCACAAGCGGCAGGCGCAAGAAUGGGCUGGAAUCAAGCAGGACCCCAACUCGGAUCUGUUCGUGUUCGUCGGACGAUGGUCGAAGCAGAAGGGUGUCGAUCUGAUUGCGGACAUCAUGCCCUCAAUGCUGGAGAAACGGCCCUCGAUCCAGCUCAUCGCCGUCGGCCCCGUCAUUGAUUUGUACGGUCGGUUUGCGGCGGAGAAGCUUGCGAGGUUGAUGGUGAUGUAUCCCGAUCGUGUGUACUCCAAACCAGAGUUCACUGCGCUGCCGCCGUAUCUGUUCAGUGGGGCUGACUUUGCGCUGAUCCCGUCGCGUGACGAGCCGUUCGGUCUCGUGGCUGUCGAGUUCGGUCGUAAGGGUGCGCUCGGUGUUGGAAGUCGGCUCGGUGGUCUCGGUCUCAUGCCUGGUUGGUGGUUCCCUGUCGAGUCCAAUUCGACGGCCCACAUGCUGUCUCAAUUCACGAAGACGAUCAAGCUGGCACUCAAGUCCACAGAAGAAGAGCGAGCCGUUCUUCGUGCUCGGUCUGCCGUACAGCGUUUCCCCGUCGUCGAAUGGCGGCAGCGGACGGAGGACUUCCACAAACGGUCGAUCAACACCAGUCGUGGGAAUGCGAUGUCGAACGCUUGGCGGGAAUCGGACUGCACGGGCGAAAACAGCGUGCCGAUGGCGGCCCCGACGAAUUGGGAUCUGGCGCACCAGGCGGCCCCGACCGAGCCGUCGUGGGACAACCAGAGCUUCGUCGACAAUGCCUCGCAGUACGGGCAUGACACGAACCAGUGGAGCCACGACUCGGAGAGCGACUACGGCUCGCCGCGCAUGGGCGGCGGCGGCAACGGCUACGAGCACGUGUCGGACAGCGGACUCGAGACGCCGCCGGCGUCGUCGAACGACUACUCGAGUUUCCUGGAGCGUGCGAACAAUGUGAUCGCCAAGGACAACAGGCAUGCCGCGGAUCCGUUCCUCGACGCCAGCAAUGCGCCGAACCGGCCGUUCACGAGCGGUGGCAACCGGCUGACGCACCGCAGCUCCGCAUCGUCGAUCUCGUCGAUCAUGGACGAGAAACAGAGCUCGGUGCUGAACAAGGCGGAGACGUCGUUCACGGACGCGGACGGAGGUGUUGCAUCCGACUUCAUCCACCGGCUCGAAUCGCUGGACGCGAAGAACUCGGAGCACGAGCUGUCCAUCGAGCGGUUCCUGGUCAAGAGCGAGGAAAAGUUCUUCCACCAGGUCAAGAAGGAGAAAAUGCACGCCACGGAAAGCCUGCGUUCGUCGAAGCGGGACUCGAUUUGGGGCACACCCAGUUCUUCGAUCGAUUCACGUCCGGGAUCGCCGUUCAUGGACUACCAAGACCCGUCGCAGCCGCCCUCAGACUCUGUCCCGAUGACACGGCUGCAAGUGAUGAUGUCGAAGGAGAUCUUCGGUGCCCCGAUCUACGCGCUGAUCAUCGCCUUCGGGCAGAUGCUCAGUGCGACGAGUUACCAGAUCACGCUGCUCACGGGCAAGAGUUACUCGGACAGCACGAGUCUGUACAUCGUCGGCGGGAUCUUCAUCGCUGCGACGCUGUUCUGGUACCCGCUCUUCCGUCUGCGGCCGUCGAUCUGGGUCCUCGGCCUGCCCUGGUUCUUCUUCGGGAUCGCGUUCAUGUUGAUCGGGCUGCCGUCGAUUGCGUCGAAGAUCGCGCCGCUCCACUACACGAUCGGCAACAUCGCGACGUACUUCUACGCGUUUGCGUCGGCUGCGACGUUCGCGUUUUUCGGACUGAACUUUGGUGAGGAGGCUGGUGCGGCGACAGAAGUGUGGACGCUCCGGGCUUGCAUCGUGCAGGGCUCGCAGCAGCUGUGGGUCGCGGCUCUCUGGUACUGGGGCAACACGCUCGACAACGUGCAGAGCAACUACGUCCCCCCGUGGGAGAUCUGUCUCGCCGUCUGGCCGUUGGGGGUGCUGUCGUUCAUGUUCGGGUUCUUCAUGAUCUAUGGCUUGCCCGAGUACUACAGACAGGCCCCGCCCAAGGUCCACGGCCUCUUUGCGACGCUGUUCCGGCGGAAGCUUGUCAUUUGGUUCCUGGUUUCUGGUGCUUUGCGGGACUACUGGCUCAGCGGGCCGUACGGUCGCAACUGGGCCUUCCUGUGGAGUCUGACGGCGGUUCCGAAGUGGCGGGUGUUCCUGCUCAUCCUCGCGUUCUUCGUCGGCGUGUGGACGAUCAUCAUGCUCAUCCUCACGCACUUCAGCAAGACGCACACGUGGCUGCUGCCGGUGUUUGCCGUCGGACUGGGUGCGCCGCGGUGGUGCCAGAUGCUCUGGGGCACGUCCUCAGUCGCUCUUUAUCUGCCGUGGGGAGGCCACAAUGGGCCGUACCUCGCCCUCUCGCUGUGGCUGUGGCUCGGUGUGCUGGAUGCGGUGCAGGGUGUCGGCUUGGGCUUGAUUCUACUGCAGACGCUCUCUCGACUGCACGUCUGUGUGACCCUGGUGCUCUCCCAGAUCAUCGGUGCGGUGAUCACCAUGAUCGCCCGCGCGACGGCCCCCGACCGACUCGGUCCGGGGACGGUGUUCCCCGACGCGGGCACGUGGUCCUUCGCGGACGGCGCGGCGUCGAGCAUGCUCGCGCUGCCAUUCUUCUGGAUCGCGCUCGCGUGCCAGGUCGUCAUCGUUACCGGCUACUUCAUCUUCUACCGCACGGAGCAGAUGGCCCGCCCGUAAGCGCCCGGCCGGACGGAUCGGAUCGGAUGGGGUGCUGUGGAAAGGAAACGCUAGAAAUAUCUUACGCCAUAUUCAUAUUACAUACUCACCGGGACUCUCACUCACUGGACGGACCUGCUACUCGUUACACGCUCCUUAGAUUUCUGUACGCUAGCAUCAAAAUACGUAGGCGCCCAACGCAGAGCGCUCUUUGCAUCUGAA